AUGAGUAAUGAUUUAUUUAAAAUUUCACGAAACGAUAUUCUAUCAUCUAAUGAAUUUUUUACAUUAGAAAAGUUAACAAAUAAAACAAUGGAUUCAACUAUAAAAAAUAAUUUAUGUUAUGCUAAAAUAUUAAUUGAUUCUGAUGAAACAGAUGGUGAUGCUACAAUUCAAUUCAAACAAAAUAUAAAUUAUACUAUUAAUAAAUUGACUUUUGAGACAAUGUUUUUAUUAUCUAAAUAUAAUGAUUCUAUAAUUAGUUCAAUUGAAUAUUCAUGUUCAUCGGAUGAUCUAUGUGAUAGAAGAUUUAUAAAUAGAUGA